AUGUCUAAAUCCCUUUAUUCGUCUGUGGCAAAGCUAAACUUGGCUGGGUCUAACAGGAAGGUGCGGAGGAUCUUUGCUGAAGACCUAGAGUGGUCUCUUGCCACGGUGCCUCGUUUAUCAAAACUCUGCCUGGAAACCAUUGUGAGAAACUUCGAGGAACAUCCUAUAGUUGAGAAACUUCCACCUGGCCAGAGGGACUAUGUGCUAGAAAGGCUGUCCCCUUUGCUGCCCCUGCAUGUGACAGCCAGUUUAAUAAGUGAUGAAAGGUACUGGAAGCGGUGCUGCAAACAGCGGUGGGACCCUUGUGACACGUCUCAGUAUGGCCACAGCUGGAAACGAAUGUUCCUCGAGAGACAUCUGGAGAACAUUAUUGAGCUUUUUGUCCCAGAUGUGACGGACCCAAAGACCGUUCUAGACCUGGUCCCUCUGUGCAAGAACUAUGUAAAGAGACUGAAUAUCUCCCAGUUGCUGCUGCCCAUCAAGGAGCCCCAGCAGGCAGAAGAGGAGGAGUGCUUGGAUUCAGCUAGUGACAGUGGCUCUGAUCGACCAUCUAUGGACCACUUUGACUUCGGUAUCCUGCUAGACAAGCUAACCAGCUUGGAAGAGCUGCAUUUGAUGUACAGGGUGAAGGACUGUGGCAUGAACUUUGAGUGGAAAAUGUUUGAGAUCACCUUACGGGACUGCGAGUCCCUGGCUUGGGCCCUGAUGUCAUGCAAGACGUUGAAGGUCCUGAGGCUCCAACAAAGUAAAGUGGAAGAUGAAAAAUGCCGGAUGCUGGUGAGACACCUCUUGGACCACCCGUCCCUGAGGGAGCUCGACUUUUCUCACAACCUGAUAGGAGACAGGGGAGCCAGAGCCGUUAGCAAGUUGCUCAACAGAAGCAAACUGGAAACCCUAAACAUCUAUGACAAUGACAUCAGAGGCCCGGGAGCCCAAGCUAUAGCAUCUGCCCUGUCCAAGAACUCCACCCUGCUUUCCCUCAACCUGCGACUCAACCGUUUGGGAGAUGAGGGGGGUCAAGCAAUAGGAAAAGCCUUGCGGUGGAACCACACUUUACUCCACCUGCAUUUGGGGGCCAAUGAGAUGACCGAACCUACCGCCGCUGUCCUGGCUAAAGCACUUGCUCAGAACAACACCCUGAAGACCAUCAACCUCUCAUGCAACAGGCUGGGUGAGGAUGGAGGUAAGCUGUUGGAGGACGGAAUGUCUCACAACAUCAGCAUCACAGAAUGUGACAUUCGUCUGACGGAGGUGGGUCAGGAGGCCGACUGCUCCAUCAGUCAGGUGGUUCAAAAUAACAGAGACAGAGAACACGAGAGACGGGCACCAGAGAAUGGCGCUGGGUAG